ACCUUCACUUAUCGUGGUCGUGGCUACCACUACGACCCGAAAAGCAACGGCAGUGGAGAUCAUUCGCCACCCCUUUUUCCUGGGCGUGGCCGUGGUCAGUGCGGUGGUGCUGGUUUUUUGCGACCAGGUGGAGCAGGUCCUACGGGAGGUGCUUGUGGCGAUAGUUACUGCACUGUAGGUUACAGCCGGGUCGCCAGCGGGUUAGUCGGUGAUCGUGGAAGCUGUCCACGAGGACGAGGUGGCAUUCGUGGUGGAUGGGCCCAGGGCUUUGGUCGAGGCUUCCAGCGCCAACAUCAUAACUCGGAGAGCUCGCACAUGAAUGUUAGUCAGAUUUGA